AGGCCAUCAUGGCCUCGCCCUGGAAGUUUUACGAUGUCUUCAAGUCGGACAUUGCUCACCGCUUCGAAUGCGCGUGGUGCAUCAGUCGCGACAGGUGUACGUGUUGACCAUGCCGAGGAAGUGGAGAACCAGAUGGUAGCCGCCAUGGGUCGUACCAAAGCAGGCAAAGCACUCAAAAUACGAAAAUAUCCAACUUUUACCAACCUCGAAGAUGAGCGCCUAUACCGCAAGCAGCACCUCGCUGCCGCCUAUCGCAUCUUUGCUGCCCGCGGCUUCGACGAGGGAGUUGCGGGCCACAUCAGUGUGCGCGACCCUAUUCUGACUGACCAUUUCUGGCUAAACCCACUCUCCACGCACUUCUCUUUGAUACGCGUCUCAGACUUGAUUCUAGUGAACGAAGAGGGCGAGGUAGUUGAGGGAGACCAGCCCAUCAACGCCGCUGCGUUUGCCAUUCACAGCGCAAUCCACAAGCGGCGACCAGAGGUACAUGCUGCAUGCCAUGCUCAUAGCGUGCAUGGUAAAGCAUUCAGUGCUUUUGGCAGAGAGCUCGACAUGAUUACCCAGGACAGUGUACGCUUUUACAAGAGCCACGGAGUCUAUAACCAAUUCGGUGGCAUGGUGUUGAUAAAUGAAGAAGGCGAGCGAAUCGCUGAUGCGCUGGGCGACGGAAAAGCAGCUAUCCUCCAAAACCAUGGCAUACUUACCGUAGGCAAAUCAGUCGACGAGGCAGCUUUUUGGUUUCUCUCGCUCGACAAGACGUGUCAGGCCCAGCUUCUCGUGGGCGCAGCUGCCGCUGGUAGUGGGCAUAAACCCAAGAUCAUACCCGACAGCGAAGCAGCCGAAACAUACAAACAAGUAGGAACACCCGAGAAGGGAUGGCUGGCCUUCCAGAGCUACUACGAUGAAAUACUUGCGAAGACUGGAGGUGACUUUCUGAAAUGAACGGACCAAGACGGUUGUCCUAGCCAUUUGCUAAUAUGUACUCACUCUUUCUCGGGAAAAUCGCUCAAUCUUGUUAUAUAGAUCUUAGCACGACAGAAGCGGAUACGGACAUGUAUUCGGAAAAAAGGAUAAAAAAUCAAAAUAUUCGC